AUGAGGCUCUUUCACCAAUACCUAACUUCGACUUGCCACACACUGUCCCAAGAUGGACUCUCUGCAUAUCACUUGUCCAUCGUCAUACCUCGGAUGGCUACCUCCUUUCCCUAUCUUUUAGACAGCAUUCUUGCUCUAUCUGCUUUGCACUUGGCCACUGUCGAAGAAGAAAAUCGCAUUACAUGGCUGGAUGCCGCUGUGCGGUAUCAGAGCCAGGCAUGCUCUGGGAUGGGCAAAAUUCUGCCAGAUGUCACCCCUGAGCAUUACGAAUCGGCAUUCGUAUCCUCGGUGCUGAUUUUCUUAUUUGCGACUGGAUUUCCUGGAAUUUCACCAGACAACCAGAACAAUAAUCCUAUCUCGGAGGUCCUCGAAGGGCGACGACUUAUAGCAGGGGCUGCCAUGCUCUUCGAGCGGUUUAAUGAAAUGGGUGUCGACGCAAAGCUGAAUGGCUGGCUUUGUCUUCCAGACACGGAAGAAAGCCUCGAGAAUAAUGAACAGUACAGUAAGACUCAUUUACCAAUUGUCCUGGACAUGAAACUAACGGUGAAUAGAAGCAUCAUGGAGUCACUCGAUAAAUUACAAGCUACGAUUGAGGCGAACGAAACCCCCCAGAAAGAGCUCUAUCAGGCGAUAUGGCAGCUCCUACAUAAUUCUAUAGAACCUUGGCCCAAAAUCGGGCCUCACGGGGGAGUGAUCGCAUGGCCCCUCUUCAUCCCCGAGCCAUAUAUCUCGCUACUAGAGAGCGGCGACUGGACCGCCCGUAUCCUUUUUCUACAUCAUGUUGUUGCCCUGCGGUUGAUGUGUAAUCGAUGGUAUGUUCGUGACCGGGGGCGCAGGCUAGUUCUGGCGACAUUGGAUCCACUUGGAGAGAUCCCCGAUGAAUGGGCAGACAUUAUCUCUUGGGUUAAAAGCAGCGUUGAAAUUAAUACGUCAAUCGUCACGUAA